AUGGCGACUGGGGUGGUGGAGGUGCGGCAGGUGUGGGCGGAGAACGCCGACUACGAGUUCUCGCUGAUCCGCUCCGUCGUCUGCUGCGGCCGCUUCUGCUUCGCCGCCUUCGACACCGAAUACCCAGGCACUAUCUACAUCCCCACCCCCGACGUCGACCCCCGCGGCCUCUCCCCGACGCAGCGCUACGAGCUCCUGAAGCUGAACGUCGACGCCCUCCACAUCGUGCAGCUCGGCCUCGCCCUCUCCGACGCCGCCGGCCGCCUGCCCGACCUCGGCACCUGCGGCGCCUUCCGCUUCGUCUGGCAGUUCAACUUCUGCGACUUCGACCUCCUUGGCGGCUACCCCCACAACCCCGACUCCGUCGGCCUGCGCUUCUCUCGGAGGGCAUCGACUUCGGUGCCCUCCGCUGCUACGGCCUCGACUUGCGCCGCUUCGCCGAGCUGCUGGCCUCGUCGGGCCUGCUGGGCCCGGCGGCCGGCAUGA